AUGUUCGAUUUGGAGAUUGAACAAAAGGUGAAAACAGCAACCACUGAUGGAGGAUCUGACGUCAAAAAGGCUAUCAGAGAUCAUCUAAAAUUGAACUGGGUGAAUUGCUUUGGCCACAAGCUAAAUCUCGUUGUGAGAAGACUUCUGAAGCAAAGCUUUUUGCUUAGUAUUAUUGAUCGGAUGAAAUCAGCUGUUCGUCGCAUACACAAAUCGGGCAUUUCGCGACGCAAGUUUAUUGGCUUAUGUAAAGAGUAUGCAUGUCCACUUGUGGUGCCUCGAUCGGAGUGUGAAACUCGCUGGAAUUCACUCUACUAUCUACUAAUUGAUUGUUUGAGAGCAAAAGAUGUCCUC